UUCCCCUCCGGCUGCGGGCGAGGACCGACAGAGGCGCCUUUCGCCCAGGCACUGCUGCAGGGAGCGGGGGGCGGGCAGGUGCGUGCGGGGCAUGUUUUAUUUUGGGCCGGGAUCCCAGCCUCUCCCUCCUUCCUUCCCUCCCUUGGAAAGGGAAGAGUCCUCCCGGGCCAAGGAUGCGCCGGCAGGGCUUUCAACCCGCGGAGCUGAAAGCAGCGAGCGGCAGCCUGUAACCACUCACUCGGCGGCACUCCCAAGGGGGACAAAAUGCUGAUAACCGUAACACCACCCCAUGAGCCAGCGUCUCUCCACCCCCAUGCUCCACCCCCUCCUAUUUUACCAAAGCCUGGAAUAGACAAUCUUAAACUACAGAGACUCUUGAAAAAAGCAGCAAAGAAGAAAGCAGCACUAUCAGCACAACAAGCCACAUCAUUCCGGUCUACUUUGUCCCCUGUCAGUGAAGCCAGCCCAGACCUGGAACACAAUGAACGCUCUUCUCCACUGAAGCCUACUGAAGCUCAUACACACCUCACUAUCAAUCUUCCACCCCGCUUUUCCAUCAAGCCUAUUGUCCAGCAUGGUUCAUCUCCCUUUCCUAAGGGAAAGCCCUUUACGUUCACAGUCACAGAGCAGAGGAGCCUUUCUGAGCAUCUCAAAUUCACAGUCUCACCUGCAGUCUCACCACUUCAGAGACGACGCACUCCUGAGCCAUCAUGGCAGCCCACAGGACAUCUACCAGACACACACAUUCAGGCUCCCCCUUCAACCACUGCACACUCGAUUUAUGUUGUCCCUGGACAUCCUGUUUCCCCAACACCUGUAGUAGAGACCCCAGUGCCAGUUACGCAUGUUGCUGAAACCUAUGCCCAUAUUCAUAGACUCCAAGUACCAAGAGAUAAAACCUCACUGUUAGGUCAGUCAGUGAACAUUCCUGAUAGCGAAGAUAAGCCCUUGAAGGCAAAUAACUCACAUCCACCACCAGAUAACAGGGAAGUCACACAUUUCAUAAGCCUGCCCGCUACUCCUAAAUUAGAUGUUAUCUCGGCCCCUGAGUCUCCUGUCAGAACAGUGAAAACGGAAAUAUUGCAUGUUCCAAGGCAGCAUACAGGGGUUACAUCCCCAGUUCUCCAUCACAACAGGCCUGUGACACCAGAAAGCAGAAGCCAUCAGCCAUAUAGUGAAGCCCAGAGAUGGCCAAAUACCACUAUUCCUCAGAAGCAUAUCACAACAGAGGCAGUAAUACCUCCUCCUCCCGUUUUCAGCAGUCAUGUGACUUUGCCAGAAGAAAAACUUCCACAUACUGCUCCUUCAAGUACCACAAACACCUUGCCAAAGCCAAAACCAAAACCAGCACUGCCCCCCAGAAACAAAUUUAGUGGUUGGUCUCAUCUCAAGAAGCACUUGAUCGUGGAAUCUGAAGAACCUCAGUUUCCCAUUUCAGAAUCCGAGACAGCUAGGCCUGAACAGGGAGGAAAAAAGACAAAAGUGGAACAAUCUCAAGAUGACAGCGAUCCAGACAAGGGAAUAACCAAGUCAAGAGCAGUCAAGAUGUGGGAUGCCAUCUUGUACCAAAUGACAAUCAGCAAGGCAAAAAAAGAGCAAGCAGAGGAAAAAGAAACGAGGAAAGAAGGAAUGUUUUCAUUCCGGCGACGUUUACCCCUUUUUCUCCACCGUCCACGCUUUGAUGCACGGAAGCUAAAGGAGCUGGCAUCCAAACCCAUGACAAAAAUCACAACUCUAUUUGAGGUACGCCGAAUCCAACACAAACCACCUGAAGAAACCCAGAUGAGUUUUAAUAGGGCUUCAUCUGCAUGGUAGAUGAAGGGAAGCAAUGAGUGAAAUCUUCUUUAGGUGGAUGUGCACUGAGCUUGGAAGGAUUUGAAAUAAAAGCAAAAUUUUCUGAAAAGAAAUCACUUGAAUGGCAAAAUAAUAAUAAAUAGAAUCCUCUAUAGGAUUCCUGUCUGUCCACCAAAAAUGUACCUACAUAUAAUGACCUUUAGGUUAGGACAUGAGAGGAAAACUAUUCAACUAUUGUUUUAUUUUGUGAGAAAAUUUAUUUAGGAAAGAUGAAGUGGCUUGGAGAAAGCCAGUAGCUUAACCUCUCUGACAGGCUGUAUUAUGCAGUUGAAUCAAAUGUGUACACCGUAUUUCUUAAGGGAUGGUGCCUUAAGCAAAGUAUGGAUACUACAGAAAAUCCUACUAUAGGUCUGUAUUAAUAGAGCAUACUUUUUCAUUCUACAAUAGCUGUAAAACUUACGACAUUUUCUCCAUAUCCUACAUGUAGAGUGGUCUUGGAUAUUCAUUUUGCUUAUGAAUAGGUGAUAUCACUUAUCAAGUCACAACCUACCAAAAGUGGUGAAAAUUGUAGCCCUCUUGAACUUAGUGGACUGCAACUCCCAUGACUAUAUGGAGGUACAGACCAACAAUUUGGGGGAUGGGUCACACACUGCUCAUGGAUGUACACAUGCUUAAUUUUCUCUUACCUUUCCAUGGUCUUUGAUCAAAGCCUUACACAUGUUUCUACAAUGCUUGACCAGUUGGUGACAAAAAUGAGCAUGAAUAUUAUGGGCAGUGACAGGUUUCCAAAAUAAUAUACAAGCAUUUGAAAAGCAACACAUACUAAAUUCAGUCUCAGACAGAAUACAGAUUGGAAGAAGUUCACCUAGGCUAGCAAAUUUUGGAAACUAAGGUAAGAUAGCUCAAUAAUUUUGACAUAUCAUGUAUUUAGGACUGCUGCCUAGAUACAUGCCUAGGACUGUGUGCAAUUUACAAGGCAUACAGCUCGCAUAUUUAAAGCUACAGCAGUAAAAAAAAUAUAGUAAGUUGAAAGACCUGCAAAUGUGAGAUGGGGUGCUGGUCCAAUUGAGAAAAUUGGAAAAUGUUGCCUGUAAUUAGACCACCAAAAGAACCCUGCUCAGUCCAUUUGUAGAGUUAGCAAUAUAUAUAAUCUAGAGCAGACUCUCAAAACUUAAUGAACAGGCUGGGAAUAGUGGGUUUCAUAUCAGUGGGGCACUAAAUAUACUCCAGGUUUUAGUCUGAAUUUUAAAGGAGCUAUCCAAGAAGGUAAACUAUCUUCCACAUAAUUUUAGCAUCUUGAAGACUCAAGCACAUGAUAUAUUGAGCACCCUACAGACAUGGAAGCCACCAGCUGCUACUGUAGCCAGACAAUUUAGGACUUGUUCUCAUGCAGACCUUGCACCCUGAAUUGUGCUCAACUAAGACAAACAUGACAAAUGUCCACAAAUCUUCCCUGAGAACUACCUCAGCAAGAAGCUUGGUAGUAACAGUCCGCAGAAGCUGCAUGUUCUGGGUAGUUGAUUGUAAAAGGACACUGCAGUAAUGAGUUUGUAAUGGCAAAGGAAAAUGUCCUAGUGUCCUCAAGCUGUCUGAGGCAAGGGACUGUUGAGUAUGCCGGGCAUCUGCACAAUAUUUAACCCCAUUGGCGAUAGCUAUUUAUUUCUUUCCUUACACUUUGCCAAGCAGCAGUACUGGUCAAUGGACAAUCAUUUUGAGUGGCACUGAUAUGUAGAAAAUGGUCAUGAUAGAAAAAUGUCUUGGUUCCUAGUAUUCCUGAAUUUACUUGCAAUACAAUUCUACUGGCCAUCCAGAACAGGCUCCAUUGAGGAGCACACAGGAAGGCUGUAGCAUUGUACGUCUUGCUCUGGCAGAUCUUCCUGGAUGGCUGACACCCUUCAGGACUGUUUUCGGUUUUGUAGUUUUUUCCACUUUGAGGAGAGGGGAGACAUGUCUCCAAGAUGUUAAAAAAAGACUAGUGUGAAUCCAAAAUUGUUCUGACAAACGCAAGACCUUCAGCCAUUUGCAGUCAUUGUAAAUAUUGCAAAACAUUAAUAUAGACUGAAACAACACUCAGCAGACAAGCAGGUAGCAAUCUUCCGAAAUGCAGAUAUAGCAGACCUAGGCAAGACUCAAAAAUGAAUGUUUGGUCACUUUCAAAAGCAAACUAUCCUCAGCCACAUAUAUUGCAUAUGAAUGCAAAGAGGGCUAAUUUGUACCAUGAAGAGAGCACUCCGUUACCUGCAGUCAUGGCUGCUGCCUCUAUAUCACCAGAUUUCUGCCUGCCAUUUCUCAUAAUAGCUGGAAGUUGCUUGCACUGAGAGUAGAGUAAGCUGGUUAUAUGUGUGAGAUAUUAUAUCCAGUUGUUGGUUUGAAUUUGGCUUGUUUAACUUAAUCAUUGCAGCAGCGAGUUAGAUGACACAUUUUGGCGCACCAGAGUGCACAUUGAUAAUGUUGCUGUUUGAAUAAUGGAUCAAGUUCUCUAUGUGGUUCCCUACAUUAUUCAAUCCCUAGUCUCAUGUUUAUCUUAGCUGCUUUUGUAGUAGCUUGGAGCUCACCAGCAGCUUUACAACAUUUCAGUUACAGUGCAUCAUACAUACAGCAGUUUGUUAGUGCCAACUUUUGCUUUUCUAUAUCAGAGUUUUAUCUCUAAAAACUGUACAUUUGCAUAAUGAACAACGCUGCUCACAAUCUCUUAAAGACUAAUUGUACUGUGUAAUAGUUCUACUCAGCUAAUCAAACAUCAUUCUUACAGUAGGUUCCAAGCUUACUACAGUACUAUUAUCAAUGCAGAAAGAUAGAGUAGUUCUGAAAAGACCAUUCUUCCAAGCUUGAGUUUAGCCAUUCAAGCUUUUCAGGCAAAGCCCAAAAUUCAAUGGGCAGAAGUUAUCCCUACUACAGUAUAAGCCUAAAGGAUUAAGGGUUACUGUUAUUCGCACAGCUUCUCAAUUGUUGCUGAGUGAUGCCCGACAGGCUACUGUUGUUUAGCUGGGAUAAAAGCAUUGCACAUGGAGAUGCAGAAUAGCUCCUUCUACAGUGUCCAAGGAAGUACUUAUGAUGUAAUCCAAGUCACAAAAUAUCACAGAAUAAAUUUGCAAGAGAGCUGCUAUCAAUUCUCCUGUGUUCCAGAGGAAGUCUGAAUAGGGUGAUUGCCUGAAAGAUGGUUAGGUGUGAGUUUCAGUUCCAUUCUGUGUCUGCACUGGCACUUUCAAAAGUGUAAAAUGAGUAGUGGUUUCUAAUAUCUUAUAACUUUCUUUAGGCCAGUCCUACAGGCCUCCCAGGAGUGCUAGGUGUUGUCCCCUCAUGUUGUGCUUUUCAGGUCGCACUGGAAAAGGGCCAUGCCUCAGUUACUCCCAACCACUGAAUUCCAAAAUACCAUCACAGACUGCAGUCAAAAGCAAAACAUCGGAGUGAAUGUUGUUCUCAGGAUCUUCUCCUUGUGCCAUUUUGGUGAUGCAACAGGAAUGAUCUAGUCUCAAGAAUGUUUUUCCAUGUGAAGUGAAAAACAAUCUCGAUCAGUGGUUCUCAACCUGUGGGUCCCCAGGUGUUUUGGCCUACAACCCCCAGAAAUCUCAGCCAGUUUAUCAGCUGUUAGGAUUUCUGAGAGUUGAAGGCCAAAACAUUAGGGGCCCACAGGUUUGGAAUCACUGAUCUAGGGAGACUGGCAGGUUUUAGCAGGAAAAUAGAAGAAGGAAUUUUAUAUUAAAAAGAUUGCAAGAUAUAAACUACACAUGACUAAGUACUGUGGAUGGCUGGAAUCUAAGACAGUUCUUCUGAGAAGCUGCAGUUCUUUUCCUAAUCCCAGGAAAAGAUUUAGUAGCCUAUUUCUGUGAGAAACAACCCUACUAAUAGGAUUGCAGUGUAUUUUGCACUGUUUGCAAGGUUGCUCCUGAGGCAAAAAAAGGGGAUUAUUUUUAAAAAUCACAUUAUCAAUAGGGUAAGGACACUUACUGUUCUUUCUUAGAAAUGGCUAAUAACUUAAUUCCCUUGCUUCCAACCCAUUUGUUUUUCUGGCUAGGCCUUAUUGUAAAAGAAAAGUAAAGGAGUUGUACAUUUUGUUCAUGCAUCUAAUGAUGUAGAUGAAGACUACAAAAGCUUAUGCUGUGAUUUCUUUCCCUCAGUCUCAAAGGUGCUAGAUGAUCUCAGCUAUGUCUUUGAAAUAUACAGUAGCUGUUUUCACCCUCAUGAAAUGAAAUGCUUAAUGAUUUGAAUCGCUUAAAAGUGUACUUUGAAAAGUGAAACAAAGCUUAAUAGUGUUCAAGUGCAGUUAUGGCUUAGACAGAAGGAAAAGACAGAAACAGGUUUAAGAAGUUGGGACAUUUCACAUAGAGAAAACAGCCUCCCCUAGGUUUGUGCCCUGGUCAUGCAUAAAACAGACCAGCUGCCUACAAAUGCUCCAAAUGGACCACACAUCAGACAUGUAGCACUACCUAUUCUGGUUUUAGAAUUGCAGAAAUUAUGUGCUCUCUUCUUUGCAUUCUCAACAACAUCUUAAGGCUGGGGAGCUCAAGAGCAUAUGGAAAGACUACCAUUCCCAAUUCACAGUAGCAAAAGCUAAAAAUGAAUGAGUAACGAUACAAAUUUAAUAGCAUCACAUGCUUCAUUAAAUAAUUGGGAAGAAAGCCAAUCUUCUGCAAGUAAAUAUAGUCUGAACCAUCUCAGCUAUCAGCUCUUUUUCUUUUAAAAGGUGUAUGGACAAGUAACAGUUCAGCUUUAGAGUCAGUCUUCAUGGAUGUUCUUUAUCCAACAAUAGCUUGAAUGAAAUGGAAUUCUAAAUUAAAGAAGAUUAUGCAAGUUGUACUGGAACUUCAGAUGUCUGGAUGAGAAAUACAAUACUUUGAGGCAAGAAGAUGGAACUGCAAAGAGAAUGGAUGCUAAGUAAUAAGCAGACAUGUUUGGAAACUGAAAGAGGUGAGAUAGGACGUAGUAAGAAAGGGAAAUGUGAUUUGGUAGGAUGUGCCUGUGUGGAGUUUUUCUGUAGCUGAUAGUUAAGACACUAGAAUUUCAUAGUAAACUCUUAACCUAGAUUUCCUUCCACAGCAAUGCAUAGCCUGUGAACCCAAGCUGCAGUUCCUGUGAAAUCUAGCUGCCAGAAUCAGAAAUAGGGUUUAUUUUUAAAUUCAUGUUAUACAUAUAUACAGUUUGAAUAAACUUCUAUGAAAAAAUGA